AUGGUUUCGCAUGAUCAGAGACCCUUGGGUGCCCUCUCGGAGCCUCCUACUGAGCCACAGAUCAGAAGGUUGUAUGGACAUCGCCCGAUCGGGAGGAGACACGUCGGGUCGUCUCCAGGGACGCCUAUUGGCUGCACACCCUAUCGCGACGUUCUCAACCUUGUCCAAAGUCAUGUCGACCCACCUUUCGUCAGAGUUUACACAGAAAUCAACUUUCGUGAUGGCGGCCGAUCAGCAGGCACGUCAGCGCCUUCGCGUCCCACGGACUCCCCUGCAUUCCACGAUUCAUCGCCAUUUCCAAUCAGAAUGACUUCAACAAGCCCAGAAAAGUCCCAGCUCAUCCAAGCAUACAUGAUUCUGCAUUCACAGCAGACCAAUGUUCGUCGACGAUUGUCAGUCGACUCGAACGUCUCAAGCUCGUCAGGCAGCCCUGGAUCCAGCACUUCGUCCUCGGCAAACCAGUCUCCUUCCUCUUCUUUCACAGCGCCUUCUCCUGCAUUCUCAUUCUCAUCACAACCGUCACCUUCUGCUGGCAAGAGGAGGCACUCCCGCUCAGCUUCAAUGGGCUCGAGACGAAGCUCGCUGUCACCGCCCACUUCUCCAAACAGGACAAGCAUCGCACCUAUCCCAGAGGAACCAUCAGCACCACCGCCGUUGACCAUGGAUGAGGCCAAGCUUGCAGACAUCUCCUCUCGGAUCAAGACUACUCUUACCGACCUGUUGAACUGCGACGCUGUCAAGAACGACAACAGAAUGAGAUCAUGGGUCGCAACCCGAUUGAUGGACGUUGAGCAUGAGCUAAAAGAGCAAAAGAGAAGACGACACAGUUCUCAUGCUGAGGAUGCAGAGCUCAUCGCAUCACACCUUUGCCUGUAG